AUUGUUAGCCGGAGCCGGGACGGUUCUGGUCUUCGCUGCCCGGGUAGCCGGAGUGCAGAGCCGCCCGCCCCCCGCCGCCUGCCGGCGGGCCCACACACCCUGCAGCCCCGAGAGCCACGCGACGGGCCUGGGGAGCCGGCACGCCUCGAUCUCCCCACCUUGCACACGGGCUGAGUAGGCAGCGGGGGCGGCGGAGACCGUGACGGGAGAAGCGGCUGCGGCGAGGCCGAGUCCUCAUGCUCCUGGCUAGCUGGUGGUGAACAGCUUGGGGCCAUNGUGCUUGGCUCCCCGAGGACAACUUUGGAAGCCAAUGGAUGCAUUCUCCGGCUCAGGCCUCAAGAGGAAAUUCGAUGAUGUGGACGUGGGCUCGUCAGUCUCCAACUCAGACGAUGAGAUGUCCAGCAGUGAUAGUGCGGACAGCUGCGACAGCCUUAACCCUCCUACGACUGCCAGCUUCACACCAACGUCCAUCCUGAAGCGGCAGAAGCAGCUACGGAGGAAGAAUGUCCGCUUUGACCAGGUGACUGUAUACUACUUCGCCCGGCGACAGGGUUUCACCAGCGUGCCCAGCCAGGGUGGAAGCUCUUUGGGAAUGGCCCAACGCCAUAACUCUGUACGCAGCUACACNCUUUGUGAAUUUGCACAAGAACAGGAGGUGAACCAUAGAGAGAUUCUUCGUGAGCACCUGAAGGAGGAGAAACUUCAUGCCAAGAAAAUGAAGCUGACGAAGAACGGGACCGUGGAGUCAGUGGAGGCCGAUGGCUUGACACUCGAUGAUGUCUCAGAUGAAGAUAUCGAUGUGGAAAACGUGGAGGUGGAUGACUACUUCUUCCUUCAGCCCUUGCCCACCAAACGGCGGCGGGCCCUGCUGAGGGCUUCUGGGGUCCACCGGAUUGACGCCGAAGAGAAGCAAGAACUCAGAGCCAUCCGCCUGUCUCGGGAAGAGUGCGGCUGUGACUGUCGGCUGUACUGUGACCCAGAGGCCUGUGCGUGUAGCCAGGCCGGGAUUAAAUGCCAGGUGGAUCGAAUGUCCUUCCCUUGUGGCUGCUCCAGGGAUGGCUGUGGAAACAUGGCUGGGCGAAUUGAAUUCAACCCAAUCCGAGUGCGGACUCACUACCUCCACACCAUCAUGAAGCUGGAGCUGGAGAGCAAGCGGCAGGUGAGUCGCCCAGCCGCCGAGGAGGAGCCCCUGCCUGGAGCACAGAGCGCGCAGACACAGGACUUCCAGGAGUUCAUCGCUGAGAAUGAGACUGCGGUGAUGCAUCUGCAGAGUGCAGAGGAGCUGGAGCGGCUCAAGGCCGAAGAGGACUCGAGUGGCUCUAGCGCUAGCCUGGACUCCAGCAUGGAGAGCCUGGGCGUGUGCAUCCUGGAGGAACCCCUAGCUGUUCCCCAAGAGCUGUGUCCAGGCCUUGCGGCCCCCAUUCUCAUCCAGGCUCAGCUGCCCCCAGGUUCCUCCGUCCUGUGUUUUACUGAGAACUCAGAACACCCAGCUGCCUCCCCGAUGAGCAGCCCGUCUUACUUGAACAGUGGACCUCUGGUGUACUACCAGGUAGAGCAGAGGCCAGUGGUGGGAGUGAAAGCAGAGUCCGGGUCAGAAGAAGGCACAGCCUCCUUCCCCAAAGAGAAAGAUCUGAGUGUUUUCUCGCUCCCUGUCACCUCACUGGUGGCUUGNGGCCCUUCAGACUCAGCUGCUCUCUGUAAAGCAGAGGUGGGGAAACCACCCAGUCUUAGCAAACCCUUGCCCGACGACUGCAACCUUACGGAGCCUGAGAGUGAAGACUUGCACCCCUCUUGGUCUCCCUCCAGCCUACCCUUCCCAANGGACAAUGAAGAAGGCUGUGGAGUGCAGAACUCCCAGCAGGGUGAGGACCGGACCGCUGAAGACUCAGCCCCAGAACUCCCUCUGGUAGUGUGACCUGAGAUACAUUGUCCAUUCUCUAUUUAUUAUCUAAUGCCAUUUCAAAAUAAGACUGCUGCUCCCAGGUUAUUUUGUUGGAAGUCUUAGGAAAAUGGGUAGGAAAGGGUUGUUAGUCCAAUGUGUUUUCUGAGAGAGCAUUCCCAGGAGACCAGCCCCAGCUGCAGUGUCCAUUACCGUGCUCUCUGGGCCGCCAGAACAAAGAUGUCCAUCAGAGUGANCUGGGCAGCUCAAGCAGCUCUUUAUGCCUAGUGCCAGAACCAAGGAUGUGAGCAGCUCCCUGCACCACACGCUGGCUCCUCAGACACCCUGUCUUGUAGCAGCCACACUAGUGGAAAGGCCACUCAGCUGAGUCUAGAACGGAGAGGGGUCCCCAGAAGAGUCCCUGCUUUUAUACAAAACUCCCAGGAGCUCUAAACGUUAUUCUGCCUCCCCUACCCCUUGGUAUUCCUGACCUGCAAACUGGGGAUCCCUGGUCUGUACUUGAACUCUGUCUUUCAUAUGUGCUUCAGUAUGAGAGUGAAACCUCUGUCUUGGAAGGUGAAAUGCAGGCUGGGUAGGGAUGUGGCUUGUACAUCGGGCAGGGUCCAGUAUGGAACAGUCUGGAAGAUGGCUUUG